AUGUCUCGCGUAACUAUGAAGUGGACUCCUGAGGACGACCAGCAGAUUCUGGUCGCCAUGGUCAAGACCCUGACCCCGAGCGCCGAACAGUACUCUGCCAUCAUCCAGGAGCUCCACACUUACGGCUACAACUACACAGUUUCUGCUCUCAAGUCAGGUUACCACACAUUCUGCUAUAACCUCUACGCAUACUCCCCUACAUCGUCAGCACUCAUACAAACAUCAUUCGCUAUGGCUCCAGUUACUGUUUGGGAUGACAAGGCCCGAUCCGAUCUGCUGGUUGCCUUACUGACCGUCACCAAGCCUUCUAAGGAGGAUUGGGAUCGUGCUUUGGCUGCAGUCCAUGAAAAGGGCUACACCUACACCGCAAGCGCCGCCAUGCAGCACAUUCAGAAGUUGCAGCGCAAGGAGCAGACCCCUGGAGACAGCGGUGAGGCCAGCGCCACUCCCACCAAGAAGGGCGCCAAAAAGGCCGCCACUCCGCGCAAGCGUAAGACUCCAGUCCAGAAGGCCAAGAUCGAGAGUGAGGCCGAGGAUGAGGAGGAGCAGGAGACUCCUGUUCCCAAGAAGCCUCGCACUCCCAAGAAGCCUAGGCAAGAGCAGGCCGACGAGUUCCUCAACCUUGACGCCAUGGAUGGCGACCACUUCGAUCCCAAUGAUGUCGAGAUCUAA